AUGAAACCACCAGCCAAGCGCCAGAAAACUGUGCCAGUGGCCGAAAUCACUUUCGACUUCGCCGCACGCGAAGAAUACCUCACUGGAUUCCACAAACGCAAGCUUGCGCGGGCGAAGAAUGCACAGGAAGAAGCUGCGAAGAAGGCCAAGGAAGAGAAAGUUGAAGCUAGGCGAAUGAUACGGCAACAGCGAAAGGAGGACCUAGAACGACAUGUGAACGAAGUCAAUGCCCUACUGAAAAAAGCGAGCGCCGAUCUGAACGGAGGUGGGGAAGAGACGGACGAUGACGAAGACGAAGACGAGUGGGAAGGGAUCGCCGAAGAGCUACCGCCACCAAUAGAUCGGGAAGAGGAAUACAUUGACGAGGACAAGUACACAACAGUCACGGUUGAAAGUGUGGAUAUAAGCAAGAGUGGAUUCAGCAAGCCGGAGGAGGAUGGUGGCACACAGGAGGGUGGAGAUGCGGCUUCGAAAGAACCAAACAGCAAGAAGCGUGUAUGGACCAAAGACAACCCACACAAGGACAAGCCCAAGAAGAGAAAGGUCAAGUUCCGGUACGAGACGAAGUCAGAGCGGAAGGUCACCAGGUUCAAAGAACGGUCAAAGAACAGAUCCCAGGCAAAGGCUCGUCGAGAUUAG